AUGUCACAAGACAGCUCUUAUCCUUCCUCUUCUACUUGGUGUUUAUUUAAAAUGAAUGCACCUGAGUGGAAGCAAGCAAUACUAGGGUGUCUGGGGGCUGCUGGCUUUGGAUCUAUUCAGCCAAUUCAUGCCUAUUGCUUAGGAACAGUUGUAGCAGUUUACUUCCAAACAAACAAUUCCACCAUCAAAUCAGAAACCAGAUUCUACUGCUACAUCUUCUUAAGCCUAGCAGUUUUCAGCUUCAUUGCUAAUCUCCUCCAACAUUACAAUUUUGCAGUUAUGGGAGAGCGUUUAUCCAAAAGGGUCUUUUUCAGUGCCUCCAUAGCUUUUGUGAUUGGACUGAUAGUGACAUGGAGGAUAGCCAUUGUAAUGAUUGCGAUACAACCUUUGCUCAUAGGAAGCUUCUAUUCAAGGAGUGUUCUAAUGAAGAGUAUGUCUAUAAAAGCACAGAAAGCACAGGCUGAGGGCAGCCAACUAGCUAGUGAAGCUGCUUUCAACCACAGAACUAUCACUGCAUUUUCCUCUCAGAAUAGGAUAUUAAAUCUGUUUGGAGAUGCAAUGAGAGGGCCUAGGAAGGAGAACAUCAAACAGUCAUGGAUUUCAGGUUUUGGUCUGUUCAGCUCCCAAUUCUUGACAACAGCUGCAAUAGCCUUGACUUAUUGGUAUGGGGGGAGGCUAAUGAAUCAAAAUUUAGUAUCGGCAAAACACCUGUUUCAAGUUUUCUUCAUCUUAAUGAGCACUGGUAAAAACAUUGCAGAUGCAGGAAGCAUGACUUCUGAUCUAGCAAGAGGGGGGAGAGCCAUCAAAUCAAUAUUCUCCAUCCUAGACAGAGAAAGUGAAAUUUCAUCAGAAGAGCUUGAAGGGAUAAAAAAGACUUUCAAGGGUCACAUAGAACUAAAGAAUGUUGUAUUUGCUUACCCAGUCAGGCCUGACCAGAUGAUCUUCAAGGGCCUGAAUCUCAAGAUAGAAGCUGGAAAAACAAUGGCACUAGUGGGACAGAGUGGUUCUGGAAAAUCCACUGUCAUUGGCUUGAUUGAAAGAUUUUACGACCCACUAAAUGGAUCAGUAUCCAUAGAUGGAUGUGACAUCAAGCUCUAUAAUUUGAGAAAGUUGAGGUCACAAAUAGCUUUAGUAAGCCAGGAGCCUACUCUUUUUGGAGGAACCAUCCAUGAAAACAUAGUCUAUGGUAAAGAAAAUGCAACAGUAGCUGAAGUAAGAAAGGCAGCAAAGCUUGCCAAUGCUCAUGAAUUUAUAAGCUCUAUGGAAGAGGGAUAUGAGACUUACUGUGGAGAAAGAGGAGUUCAACUAUCAGGAGGGCAGAAGCAGAGGAUAGCACUUGCACGAGCGAUACUAAAGAACCCAACAAUCCUUCUGCUGGAUGAAGCAACCAGUGCACUUGAUAGUGUGUCAGAGAAUUUAGUCCAGGAAGCACUGGAGAAGAUGAUGGUUGGCAGAACAUGUGUUGUUGUAGCUCACAGGUUGUCAACUAUACAAAAAGCAGACUCCAUUGCUGUGAUAGUGAAUGGGAAAGUAGCAGAAAAAGGAUCACACCAUGAGCUACUUGCUAUCGGACGUGGCGGUGCCUACCAUUCUCUGAUAAAAGUGCAAAGCAAUCAGUCUCCACACCAUUUGUCCAUGCAGGUGUAA